CCUCCUCCUCCGACACACAGCAGCAGUAAUGGCGGACUUCGACAGCUAUGACGAGCGGGACCGGGCCUACGGUAGCUUUGGCGGCGGCAGAGGGCCCCGUGCAGGCGGUGGCGGCUCCGGAGGCCCAAGGAAGCAGAAGGAGCUGCCGUCAGAGCCUCCGUUCACGGCGUAUGUGGGAAACCUGCCGUUCAACACGGUGCAGGGAGACAUCGACAUCAUCUUCAAAGAGCUCAACAUCCGCAGCGUCCGAUUGGUCAGAGACAAAGAGACAGACAAGUUCAAAGGUUUUUGUUAUGUCGAGUUCGAGGAUUUGGAAUCUCUAAAAGAAGCUCUGACGUACGACGGUGCUUUGCUAGAUCAAAGAUCACUGAGGGUGGACAUCGCAGAGGGGCGGCGGCAAGAACGAGGAGGCGGCGGCUUCGGCUUCAGGAAAGACGACUCUAGAGGACAAGGAGGCUCUCGAGCUCCCAGAGAAGGAAGAGGAGGACGUGAAUCCCGCGAGGACUACAACCAGCCCGGAGGAGGUUUUAGAGAUGAUGACUACAUGGGAGGUCGGAGUCGAGGCGGCGGCGGCGGCGGCGGCAGUCGUCCCGGUGACAGAAGGGGGGGAGGUUCGGGAGCGGGUCGCUUCAGAGACGGACCCCCCCGCGGAGGAACGACAGACUUCAGGGAACCAUCUGAAGAGGAGCGUGCACAGCGGCCUCGGCUGCAGCUGAAGCCUCGGACUGUCUCCGAGCCGCUCAACCAGGUCGCCAACCCAAACUCUGCCAUCUUCGGCGGAGCCAAGCCGCGAGAGGAGUCCUGAUUCAUUUAAAUCAGCAACCGCAUACUCCUGACCAGACGGUGGCGCUAACACAUCGUGUCCCAACACAAAAGAAGAAAUUUAAAGGUUUUUCUGCCGUUUUCUUAUUUCAGUUCAUGUAGAAGCCGACUGCCACCUUUUGUCAUAAUGCUAAAAACUUUCCGUACAGUGAAGUGAUCAUUUGUGUUUGUAGUAAAAACUGUAAUCUCUGCAUGAAAUCUGAACAGAAUGAGGACAGUACACCUGGUCCAGGUGAAUGCUUUCAGGUCUGUGUGUGUCAGUGUGGAUCAGGAUCAGGAUCGGGUCCGUAGAGGAUCAGGUGAACAGGAAUUAAAGCUCCGGUUCGGACUCCGUCGCUUUGAGAACGUUUGUGUCAGAAACAGUUUUUUUUUUUUGCUUUACUGUACAAUAGAAUAAAAACGGCUGUUUUAACUUUUUUUUUUCUUGUUUAUUUUUUUUCCUACACUGUUUAUGGCAAUAAAAUUUUCAUCAUCAUCAUCA